UCUUUCUCUUUUUCUCCCUUUUUCAUUCUCUCACUCUCCCCAUAUCACAAGCGCGCAGUGCAGUGUCCGCGAGGAAACCCUGAAGCCAAUAGGAUGAGGAUCCGAUAAUAGAUGCAAAUUAUCGUGAAAAGACAGUGCAAAAUAUGAAACAACUCAUUUGCGGAGGAGUAAAUCACAGAAAACUGUUUAUGAACUGGCACCACAUACUGGAACUGUAAUGCAUGGAUACUUCACUGGCGGGGAUUUUAUGGAAUCGGCAUGAUUGUGGCUUGAACGUUUACAAGGGCUGCUAAAAUACUGUAUUUACCUACAUUUGGAACUACAAAGUGUUAUUUCUAGCCUGUACCCGAGAAACACUGUGUUUUUAACACUCAAACCUAACUGAGUCUUUUAAAACACAAACAGUAGCAAAAAAUGAGUUCAUAUUUUGUAAAUUCUCUCUUCUCCAAAUACAAAAGUGGCGACUCUUUACGUCCCAGCUAUUAUGAGUGCGGAUUCCCACAGGAUUUAGGCAGUAGACCCACGGUAGUUUAUGGACCCGGUGCCGGAGGAACUUUCCAACAUCCAACACAAAUACAGGAGUUUUACCACCCAGGCGCGUCCACGCUGUCCACCGCCCCAUACCAGCAGAAUCCUUGCGCGGUAACUUGUCACGGAGAACCAGGCAACUUCUAUAGCUACGACGCUUUGCAGAGGCAGACCCUUUUCGGAACCCAAGACGCGGAUUUAGUCCAGUACAGCGAUUGCAAGCUGACCGCUAACAGCCUCGGUGACGAGGCAGAGAGCGCGAGCGCGGAGCAGAGUCCCUCUCCGACGCAACUCUUCCCGUGGAUGAGACCACAAGUAGCUGCCGGACGGAGGCGAGGCCGACAGACGUACAGCCGUUAUCAGACACUGGAGCUGGAGAAGGAGUUCCUCUUCAACCCCUAUCUGACGCGCAAGCGGCGGAUCGAGGUAUCGCACGCGCUGGGACUGACCGAGAGGCAGGUCAAAAUAUGGUUCCAGAACAGGAGAAUGAAGUGGAAAAAGGAGAACAACAAAGACAAGUUUCCGAGCAGUAAGUCGGAGCAGGAGGCCAUCGAAAAAGAGAGGAAAGAAAAAGAGCAAACCGGGGGGACUCAGACGGCGGGAGAGGACAGCGACAAAGCCAAACAAAUGUAGAGGGGGACUGCAAACGUGGGAAUCGGCACCGGCAGAGACAGCGCGAGAUUUUUAAAAACAAAUCGCCAGGGUCUGAUUACUGUUGAGAAACAUUGCAAUCUUCUGAUGAUUACCGCGCCUUAGAGCGACCGGAAGGACACGCGCAUGACACAACUGAAAGUAAGCGCAAAAUCAAGAUUAUGAGGCCAAAAUCAAGAUGGGGGAAAUGAAGGUUUUUUUUUCUUUACCUGAUGAUCUUGGAUAUAUUGUAAAGUUGUAAACUAGCUUCCUCUACUUGUGGAACAAUUCAUGUGAGACGUUUCUCUUGCUAUAAUAUUAUCUUUAACAGUUACAUUGGCAGCUGUAUUUUAUUAAGUUAAAUUGUGCACUUUUUACUGUUCAUACUAAGUGUUUUAACGUAGAAUUUAAUGAAUUCCAACAACAUGAAACUGCCUAUUUAUGCUGUAGGUUAUCUCUUUUGAGGUCUGGCCUUUAUUACUUCGUUAAUGGUAUUUUGUUGUCUUCCGUUCUUGGGUAAGCAUGCGCACAGUGCAACAAAAAAAAGGACGUCAUGUGAUCCUUCCUUUAGCCUACUGUGAAACAGAAUGUGUACUGUACUCGUGAAUUAGUUUAUGGGGACGUAAUGAUAUGCUUCAGUGUUUUUCAUCACUUUGUUCUAUUGUUUAAAGCUGGAAGCGGCGGAACAAAGGGGUACAAUAAAGUUUACAACUGAGAAUCUGUGA